AUUUUGACGUAAGUUAUUAUGUGAGAGUGAGGUUAGGAGCAUCGAAAAGUUUUGCGCAAUGUUUUUCUUCAUUGUGAAAAGAAUUUUAAAAUAAUUAAUUUUAUUAAAUCAUAAAGUGAAAUUCAUCUUUUAAAAUGCCUAUUUCCGAAAUCAUCGAUGGACUUUCGUCAAAUCCCUACUUCGGAGCUGGGUUUGGAUUAUUUGGUCUGGGGGCCGGAGCCGCAGUACUUCGAAAGGGUCUGCAAGGAGCUUUGAUUCUUUUCCGGCGACAUAUGAUGAUAACAUUGGAAGUACCAUGUCGAGAUAAAUCCUAUCAAUGGCUGUUACAGUGGAUCACUCUAAAAGGUGCUCGCAAAACGCAACAUUUGAGUGUUGAGACUUCCUUUGUGCAGAAAGAUUCUGGACAAAUCUGUACAAAUUAUGAUUUCAUACCCAGUAUUGGAACUCAUUUGAUGAGUUAUAAGGGAGUUUGGAUAAAAGUUGAGAGGACAAGAGAAUCCCAAACUUUGGAUCUGCAUAUGGGACUGCCAUUUGAAACUGUCACCUUGACUGCAUUCGGUAGAGAUCGAAAUCUUUACUUUAGCAUCCUCGAGGAGGCUCGUCAAUUGGCACUUAAGGGUAAAGAAGGUAAAACUAUUAUGUACACUGCCAUGGGAUCUGAAUGGCGACCAUUCGGACAUCCUAGGAAACGACGUCCUGUAGAGUCGGUGGUGUUGGAGGAGGGAGUGGCUUCUAAAAUCAUAAAAGAUUGCAAGGAUUUCAUAGCGAAUCCCAAGUGGUACACUGACAGAGGAAUUCCUUACCGAAGAGGCUAUCUAUUAUAUGGACCUCCUGGCUGUGGCAAAUCAAGCUUUAUAACUGCUUUGGCUGGUGAGCUAGAGUAUGGAAUUUGUCUACUCAAUCUCUCGGAGCGUGGACUCACCGAUGAUCGGUUGAAUCAUCUUCUUAACGUUGCACCAGAACAAUCUAUAAUUCUCCUAGAAGAUAUCGAUGCUGCAUUUGUUUCGCGAGAAGAUGUCACACAGCAAAAGUCCGCCUACGAAGGUCUAAAUAGGGUUACAUUCAGUGGACUGUUGAAUUGCCUCGAUGGUGUUGCGUCUACAGAGGCAAGAAUUGUAUUCAUGACAACAAACUAUCUGGACAGGCUAGAUCCAGCUUUGAUUAGACCUGGUCGAGUUGAUAUGAAAGAAUAUGUUGGCUAUUGCGGUGAAUACCAACUUGCGGAAAUGUUUAACCGAUUUUACAAAAGUGACACAGGCGUAAAUGGAUCAUCUGCAGCUGCUGAGUUUGCAAAGAAUGUUUUAGCUGUAGGGAAACCAGUUAGUCCAGCACAGAUACAAGGUCAUUUUAUGCGACACAAGUUGUCCACACCUCAGACCGUGAUAGACAGUGUUGCGGACAUAUGGGACGAUCGUGUUCGAUAAGAUUAAAAGUUAAACAACACAAAAGUGCUUUGAAUAACCUUUUUAUUUUUAUAAGUCCUUAUUUUGUUUUUAUUUCUUGUUAAAUAAAAUUAUUUUUGUUUUACUUAAAUAAUUAAAA